GUACGGAUUGGGAACACAUUCCUUAUUACUCUCUUCCCAAAAUCUCAUCAUUUCCACCACUAAAUUACACCCAACUGCCACUUCAUGGCUACUCUGCAGACUCAUCUCCAAUUUCCCAUUCCCAUUUUUUCUUCACCAAGAUUGCUUCUUUUCAAGAACCCCAAUUCAGUUUCCUUUUCCAAGAAACUUUUUUUCUCCAAAAAAAUUAAUGGGUUCUUGAAUUAUCCAAAAUUUGGUGCUAAAGAAUUGUUGUGUUGUAAUUGUCAAGCUAGUGGUGAGAUAAUACCGUUUUCAUCAGCUGAAAAGGAGAAUGAAAGGCCUCCUUUUGAUAUUAAUUUGGCUGUCAUUCUUGCUGGUUUUGCUUUUGAAGCUUACGCUAGUCCUCCAGAUAAUGUCGGAAAGAGUGAGGUGGAUGCAGCUAACUGCAAAACCAUAUUUCUUUCAGAGUCAUUUGUGCGUGAAAUUUAUGAUGGCCAGUUGUUCAUAAAGUUAAAGAAAGGUUUCAGUUUUCCUGCUAUGGAUCCUUGGGGAACGAGUGAUCCGUACGUGGUGUUACAAUUAGAUAGUCAAGUUCUGAAAAGCAAGGUGAAAUGGGGGACAAAAGAGCCAACAUGGAAUGAGGAGUUUGCUUUAAAUAUUAAGCAGCCGCCUCUGAAUGAUCUUCAGCUUGCAGCUUGGGAUGCAAAUCUUGUGGCUCCGCAUAAGCGCAUGGGGAAUGCAGCAGUUAAUGUGAAGCACCUCUGUGAUGGAGAUUCUCAUGAACUGCUGGUUGAUUUGGAAGGGAUGGGCGGUGGUGGGAAGAUAGAGAUAGAGAUACAGUACAAGAGUUUUGAGAAAAUUGAAGAAGAAAAGAAGUGGUGGAGAAUCCCAAUCAUUACAGAAUUUUUAAAGAAAAACGGGUUUGAGUCUGCUUUGAAGACAAUUCUGGGUUCGGAGACUGUGCAAGCUCGACAAUUUGUACAGUUUGCCUUUGGGCAGCUGAAGCUACUAAAUGAUGAAUAUAAUGAUUUGAAUAGCAGCAUUGAGAAUUCUGAUGGCCCUAUUGUGGAAUCAGAUGUACUGCCGGGGUCGCAGAAAUCACCCAGCUUUGAUGACUUGAGCAUGCCUCAAGAAUCAGAACGCCCAAAUAAUUCGGAAGACACCAAAGUUGGUGGUGAGAUAGAGUUUAAUUGUGAUGAAAGUGGCAUGUCCGAUGAGCAUAAUUCUGCUGGCACUGAGGUUUUUCAGAGCUCUCAAUCAGAUAAGCAUUUCUGGAAGAAGUUUGCUGAUAUCGUCAAUCAAAAUGUUGUUCAAAUACUCGGUCUCCCGGCCCCGGAGAAAAUAAAGUGGGAUAAUCUUGACUUGUUAAAUAAGAUUGGGUUGCAAUCGCGGAGAGUUGCAGAUGCAGGUUAUGUUGAAUCUGGUCUUGCAACUCCUGAAAAGCAGGAAACUGCUAAUGGUAGUGCAUCAACUGAACCACCUGUUCUUAACAAUAUUCAGUCAUCGCUUCCAGAUAUCAAGAAGGUGACACAAGACUUAUUACGUCAAACCGAUUCCAUUUUGGGAGCAUUGAUGGUCCUAAACGCCACAGUUUCCCAAUUCAACAAAGGCGCAGGUCUUUUCGGAAAGGGUGAUGCUAAAGAAGAUUCUUCAACCGGACUGGAAAAUGAUAUCCUUGGAUAUCCCAUGAAUAAAGAUGGAUUAGUGUUGGACGAGAAGAAAGCCGAGGAGAUGAGGUCUCUUUUCUCAACAGCAGAGACAGCCAUGGAAGCUUGGGCACUGCUAGCUACUUCUUUGGGACAUUCGACUUUCAUCAAAUCUGAAUUUGACAAAUUAUGCUUCUUAGAUAACGAGUCAACUGACACACAGGUAGCACUCUGGCGUGAUUCAGCAAGGAAACGGUUAGUUGUUGCUUUCAGGGGAACAGAACAAACUAAAUGGAAGGAUCUUCUGACAGACUUGAUGCUAGUUCCUGCUGGGUUCAAUCCUGAAAGGAUAGGUGGUGACUUCAAGCAAGAAGUUCAGGUUCACAGUGGUUUCCUAAGUGCGUAUGACUCAGUUAGGAUUAGGCUUAUCUCGCUGGUCAAACAAGCAAUUGGCUAUAGACAUGAUGAUCUUGACCCACCAAAUGAAUGGAGUGUUUACGUUACUGGUCAUAGUCUUGGUGGUGCAUUGGCUACUCUUCUCGCUCUUGAACUAUCAUCAAGUCAACUAGCUAAGCGGGGAGCUAUCUCUGUGACCAUGUACAACUUUGGAUCUCCAAGAGUUGGAAACAAAAAGUUCGCUGAAGUUUAUAAUGAGAAAGUUAAAGACAGCUGGAGGGUUGUAAAUCACAGAGAUAUAAUACCAACAGUUCCUCGGUUGAUGGGCUACUGCCAUGUUGCUCAACCUAUUUAUUUGGCCGCUGGAGAUGCGAAAAACACAAUGGAUAAUGUGGAACCCUUGGACGAUGGUUACCAAGGUGAUGUUAUUGGAGAGGCCACUCCUGAUGUUAUUGUCAGCGAAUUUAUGAAAGGUGAAAAAGAACUGAUUGAGAAAAUAUUGAACACAGAGAUUAACAUUUUUCUCGCAAUCAGAGAUGGUAGCGCACUUAUGCAGCACAUGGAGGACUUCUAUUACAUUACUCUGUUAGAGAAUGUGAGAUCAAACUACAAAACUGUUCCAAGGUCACAACUGGCCGAAGAGAAGAAUAUAUCAAUUGGCUAAAAAUGGAAAUCAUCAAAAUUUUGCCAGUGUCGAUACUCCAUAGGUCAGAGCAAUGUCGUAAAUAACAACCAUACCACAGAAUAUCUGCAUUUAUUGUAUCUCUGCACGAUUCUUAUUCAGCAAGUGUACAUGUCCUGCUCAUCUAUUAACUUAAUAAUAUAUAGCCAACUGUUACUAUUGCUUUA